GGGCGAGUGUGCGCACGCCGCGGGAGCCACGCUGCCCUCUCCUCGCACCCGGCUCAGGGCAUCUCGAGAGCCUGGAACCCUGAACAGGCUUAAAGUAUGGCAUGUUGCGAACAUGGUUUCUGUCCAGAAGGUACCCGCGAUCGCGCUGUGCUCCGGGGUCAGUGUCGCCCUCCUGCACUUGCUGUGCCUGGCGGCUUGUUUAAACGAGUCCCCAGGACAGAACCAAAAGGAGGAGAAAUUGUGCCCGGAAAAUUUUACCCGCAUCCUAGACGGUUUGCUGGAUGGUUAUGACAACAGGCUGCGUCCUGGAUUUGGGGGUCCUGUUACAGAAGUAAAAACUGACAUAUAUGUCACCAGCUUUGGACCUGUUUCUGAUGUUGAAAUGGAAUAUACCAUGGAUGUAUUCUUCAGACAGACUUGGAUUGACAAAAGACUCAAAUAUGAUGGCCCCAUUGAAAUUUUGAGGUUGAACAAUAUGAUGGUAACAAAAGUAUGGACCCCUGAUACUUUCUUCAGGAAUGGAAAGAAAUCUGUGUCACAUAAUAUGACAGCUCCCAAUAAGCUUUUUAGAAUCAUGAGAAAUGGCACUAUUCUAUACACAAUGAGACUCACCAUAAGUGCGGAGUGUCCGAUGAGACUAGUGGAUUUUCCUAUGGAUGGUCAUGCAUGCCCUCUGAAGUUUGGGAGUUAUGCCUACCCUAAGACAGAAAUGAUCUACACAUGGACCAAAGGUCCCGAGAAGUCAGUGGAAGUGCCAAAGGAGUCCUCUAGCCUAGUUCAAUAUGACCUGAUUGGGCAAACCGUCUCAAGCGAAACAAUCAAAUCCAUUACAGGUGAAUACAUUGUCAUGACAGUUUACUUCCACCUCCGACGGAAGAUGGGCUAUUUCAUGAUUCAGACAUACAUCCCAUGCAUUAUGACAGUGAUCCUUUCUCAAGUUUCAUUCUGGAUCAAUAAGGAAUCAGUUCCAGCUAGGACUGUGUUUGGCAUAACCACUGUCCUCACAAUGACCACCCUGAGCAUCAGUGCCCGGCACUCUCUGCCCAAAGUGUCCUACGCUACGGCCAUGGACUGGUUCAUAGCUGUGUGCUUUGCGUUCGUGUUCUCAGCUCUCAUCGAGUUUGCUGCGGUCAACUACUUCACCAACAUUCAAAUGGAAAAAGCCAAAAAGAGGGCACCAAAACCUGCUGCGGAAGUUCCAGCUCUCCCAGCGCCCAGAGAAAAGAUCCCCGAGCCCUCUGUGCAGAAUACAAGUGCCAAUUUGAACAUGAGGAAAAGAACAAAUGCCUUGGUCCACUCUGAUUCUGAUGUCACCAACAGAACGGAGGCUGGAAACCACUCCAGCAAAUCUGCCACAGGUCAAGAGCCAUCUGAGGCCACACCUAAGUCGUACUUAGCCUCCAGCCCAAACCCGUUCAGCAGGGCAAAUGCAGCCGAAACCAUAUCUGCCGCAAGAGCACUUCCCUCAGCUCCCUCUUCCACACCUUGCCGAACUGGGAGUGGGUCAAGAGCAGCUCCGGUUGGAUCUGCUUCUACUCGCCCUGCCUUUGGAUCCAGACUGGGGCGCAGCAAGACCACAGUUAACACGAUGGGAGCCUCAGGGAAGGUCUCAGCCACUCCUCCUUCCUCUGCGCCACCACCUUCAGGAUCUGGUACAAGUAAAAUAGACAAAUAUGCUCGCAUUCUCUUUCCAGUCACAUUUGGGGCAUUUAAUAUGGUCUAUUGGGUUGUUUACUUAUCCAAGGACACUAUGGAAAAAUCAGAAAGUCUAAUGUAAUUUUGUUGCUAUAGUAACACCCUAAAAGAUGAUGAAAAUGCAUUUUAAAUGGUUUUGAACAUAAGUAUUCUUUACUAAAAUUUUUAAAAAUCUACAUAAUUUUUCUCCACUUAAAACAUACAAGUGGGUUAUCUGGAGUGUCCAUUAAUUCCUCAGUGAAGGGAAAGGGAACUGUGUUUCUUUGCAGAAAGAUCAUUUUAAAAGGAUCUGUUCAACAUUCAUAAUAGAGGGAACACAGAACACUGUCAAAAGUUGGCGGUGUGUAUUUUUGAAUCAAAAACUGGACACAGAUUAUUGAAUUAUUAAACAUGCUGUAUGAAAGCCAUGGGUCACUCUAGAUUUCCCAGUGGCACUGCACCUAACCAGAGUCAUGGACUCGAGUUCAUAAGUAGUGACCCUGGAGUUUCUCUUAGUACCUGCAAGAAAAGGACUUUCUCUGUUAAGCAAAACAACACUCGAAGGAAAAUGGAACAAAAUCGAAACUGAACAAAUAAAGCAAAACCUCUACUGCAUUAAAAAUAGAGACUGAGGCCAGGGAAAUGUGUUUCCUUUGUUGGUCAAAAGGUACUGAACAGAUGACUUGAAAUUUUGUGCUGUGAGCCAAAGUGAACCUCAUUGUAUGAAUUCUUUUCUCAUAGUAGCUCAUUCAGUUCUGUUCUGUCCAUACACAUUCACCACAUAGUUAUUCAGCGCCUGGAGCCUGCUGCGUUCUAGGUGCUGUGUUAAACAUGGUCUCCUAGGGAAUCUCUUUCACCUUUUUAAUGAGUUCAGUAGUAGAACAGUUAGUGCAUGGUAAGAACUAUAAUCUAACAGAGGACAUUGUCUUGUUUAAUGAAGGGAAUUUAGUUACAGUCUGACAAUGUAUCCAAAAUAGUAACAGAUCCUUUUAUGUAUAUAAGCACUUUGAGAUAAGUGAUUAUUGUUAUAAAUUUGGCAACCUUUUUUUUUUUUUUUCAAAAUACAAGGAAAAUGAGGCACAUAUUUUCCUAGAGGAGACAAGUACCUGAAAAAAAUUUUUUUUUAAAUCUGUGCCUUGUAAAACCUAACAUUACUCAUCUCAACUUUGUUGUAGAUCAGAACAGAAUUUUGUGAUAAUUCCAGAAUCCCCCCCCCCCCCGGGGACACACACACACACACCCCCACACACACACACACACACACACAAAAAACCCACAUCACCACAGACCUCUCGGAUAUAUUUCCCAGUGUGGACCAAUAUUAGCUGGCGAAAUGCUAACCCUGAAAGAUUUUUUUGUGUCCAUUAUUCUGUAUUUCAGGGCAGACUUGGUAUUUAUUUUUGUGGAGUUUGGUGAGGUUUCAUAACUAAGGUAUUUUAAAAUUAAAGUAGCAGCCAGGGAUGAGGUGAAUAAAAAUAUCGUAGCUAUGGGGUGGGGUGCAGUGACUCUGUUACACAAUUUGUCAGGAUUUCAUGCAGUGGCUUUGUUAUGGAGGCUUAGCAAUCUCAAUGAAUUUCUUACAGCUGUCUUAUGCAGCUCAAUCCAGGUCUGUCUUUUUGUUAUGAUGCUUCCAGAUUUUCUUUUAGACUUCUACCUGUUCUAAGUGUAAAUGAAUGUAUUCUGGGUGUUUGAGGGAAGGAUUUGACAUGUAGACUGAAUCUUUUAUUUUCUGGAAAAGAAAUCAUGUUAGUUAAUUAGCACUAGCUUUUCAGUCAUUGCUCUCCUUUGUAAUGGCUGGAUAUAAGAACUAUAAGAUGUGCAAAUGACAAAUAUCGAUCUCCAGUCAUAAUCUGAGAAUUCCUUCUUUUCUCUUUCCAAGUAUUUCCUAGCAUCUGCACAUUGUCUGUAAGAUGCUGUGGAAAUCAUUCAGUCAAAGCAGCUAAUUUGUAAGUUGAUUCCAGUAAGAUGAGGGCCAGUAAAAUGUGUAUAUAUGUAUAUAUUUUUAAUAAAGAGUCCUUGUGCAAGAAAGUGCCCAUCAUAAAUUAUUUCAUGGAUGUGACUAGAUUUUUGACCUUGAGGCCAAUGCUUAGAAUUUGUGGUUGGAAGCUGCUAUUCAUUAUACCAAUGUAAUGACCUUAUCUAAUGGAGAGAACGACUUAACUCUUUGUUUUCUUUAUUGCUCUAUUAAUUGUCUUCUUUUCAAAAAUCAUAUUCACCUUAACAUUUUAAAGAUUUUAUUGAUUCCCUUUAAGAUAUUCUUUAAAUUGAAUAGGGUUUUAAAUGGAUUAAAAAUAAAUGAUAUUGGCUGGAACGAUGGAUUAGGAGUUAAGGGACUUACCUUCAAAGCCUAAUGACCUGUACCCAUGUAAAACCAGAUGCACAAAGUGGCACUUGAAUCUGGAGUUCGUCUGCCAUGGCUGGAGGCCCUGCCUGGCAUGUCUGUUCUCUCUGUCUGUGUCUCUUAUCUUUUUCUCUCUCUGCUUGCAAAUAAAAUAAAACAUAUUUUUACAAAAUGAUGCUAAUCUAGUCCUGGAAGCUCCAACCUGUGUGAUCUCUGUGCUUUGGAAACUAAGGCAGAGUAUUGUCCUGAGUUUGAAAUCUGUUUGGGUUACAUAAGGAGUUCUCUUCUACCCUGAGCUCCAAUGUAAGUCUCUGUCUCAAAGAAUUAGGUAAGUUAAUUUGUGCUUUUGUUUGUUUUUAAAUAUUUUUAUUUAUCUAUUUUCAAGCAGAGAAAUAGAAAGAAGAGAGAGAGAAAGAUAAUGGGCAUGCCAGGCUCUCCAGCCACUGCAACAAAACAGGGUCUUAGGCUUUGCAGGCAAGGGCCUUAACUUCUGUAGCAGCUCUCCAGCCAUGUAAUUUGUUUUUUAACCUGACUUUAGGGAUUGCGGAUUUAGCUUAGUGCAUGAGUGCUUGUUUAGUAAGCAUAAGGCCCCAAGUUCAGUCCUCAACACUGAAAAAAAAAAAAAAAAUCACAGAAAGACCAAA